AUGGGUGAGGAUGGGAUAGCAUCACCGGUAAAGCCCCAUGUGACCGAAGAUAUGUUGCACGACUUGCGGUCAUGGAUCGGCGAAGACCCCAAACGUAUGCCGAAGACCCUGUUCAAGAUGCUGCGUGUACUCUAUCAGUCGGGCAAUUAUGGUGAUGCAGCGCGUCCAACUCCCCGGCAAAUGCAACAAUCCAUCAACUACGUGUGCGAACCAAGGAGUUGCACAACAAAAGUACUGUGCCGGCUGUUGAUGAUGCGUUGCAACAUUGGGUUCUGCCAACCGCACAAGAAGAUCAAGAAAUCCAUCACCCAUUCGUAUUCGGCGUGGAAAAAGUUGAUGGCAUGCCCCGCAUAG